AUGCGAAGAUUACUUCAAAGGCAAGGUAUACAGCACCGAGGAGGAGUCCCGUAUCAUCCUCAGACUACAGGUCAAAUCGAAAAUGCAAACAAAGAUAUUAAAGCCAUAUUGGAAAAGACAGUAUCUCGGCAUAGAAAGGAUUGGGUUGACAAGCUCAACGAUGCAUUAUGGGCCUUCAGGACUGCUUAUAAGACACCGAUAGGUACUACUCCAUACAGAUUAGUAUACGGCAAGGCGUGCCACCUUCCAGUUGAAAUCGAACAUAAGGCAUAUUGGGCCAUUAAGAAACUAAAUGAAGAUCUAUUCAUAGCAGGGCAGGAGCGAAUGUUUCAACUGAAUGAACUAGAAGAAUGGCAUCUUGUUAAAGGAACAUGCGAAGCACCCAUCCAGGCAUUUCGAACAACAUGA